ACAACUCUAUCUUACGCCAGUGCUGACGAUUGCAUGAGAAUCUUUCUAAUCCGGAUCCCGCUUAUACAAUUCGUUUUUAAGGAGAAUUUGGACAUGUUUUUCAUAAUAAUCCCAUGUACAUGUAUUCGGUAGCAGUUGGUGUAUGCUUUCGACACAUUCUGCUGGUAAAAACUGAAUUACUUAGUCUUAUCCGAAUUGAUCUCUGAAUUGAUCUAUGACCACAAAUAACCAGGCUAAUGUUUUAUUGAUCUCUGAAUUGAUAUAUGACCACAAAUAACCAGGCUAAUGUUUUAUUGAAUAACUACAAUGGACAAACUUGCAGAGUAUCAGUCAAGUAAGGAAGAGUCUUCAGAGGGACUGUGUGAAUCUGAUGAUGCUGAAUGCGUCACUUCCGUUCCAUCAAUAAAUAAACAUUCACGUGAAUCCACGGAUCUUACUUCCGCUAAAUCAUGCCAAGCGAUUCCGAGAAACAACUUCCGGACAGAGCAACGGACAGCUGAAAGUAGUUCGGAUACACUGCCGGAGGAAGGUGAAAUCGUUAGCAAACCAAUUUCCACCGAUAAAGCCCCGGAUGUGCGAAAAGGAAAACUGAAACGACGAGGUCUAGCUGUUGUUGCAUUCUCAGCCUAUAUGCGCACAUGCAGAGAUCCUCUGGUAAAUGACGUCAUUCCAUUCGAAAAAAUCACCAUGAACUACGGAAGAGGUUACAAGCGACAUUUAAGUACUUUCAUAUGCCCUCGGUCGGGUAUGUACCUCCUAACAUGGCGAGUGGUCUUGGUUGAGGUAAGGGACGUAACUCUUGAUUUGAUGGUGAACGGUGAAGUCCGGAAACGAACUACGUUUGAUUGUACGAACAGCUCCGACAACAACAAAUGUGAACGAGAAGUAAUCCUAAAACUGUUCAUGCGAGACCGGGUGUGUAUAACUCUGUAUAAUGGCGAUAGUAGAUUACUGCGACCAACGAAGUGUAAAUUUGCUGGUAUUAGAUUGUUGAGGUAAACAAUGCCAUUCCGAAUGACUUUGUUUCCAGAAUCAGCGCGGAUAUAUAGCCAAUGCGUAAUGUGAAUCAGAAGAGAUUGACAAAAAAAAAAAAAAAAAAAAAAUACACCGAGGUGUGCUGUUCGAUCCCUACCCUAAAGGUGAAGGUGAGAGGUGUGUUGUUCGAUCCCUACCCUAAAGGUGAAGGUGAGAGGUGUGUGGUUCGAUCCCUACCCUAAAGAUGAAGGUGAGAGGUGUGUUGUUCGAUCCCUACCCUAAAUGUGAAGGUGAGAGGUGUGUGGUUCGAUCCCUACCCUAAAGAUGAAGGUGAGAGGUGUGUUGUUCGAUCCCUACCCUAAAGGUGAAGGUGAGAGGUGUGCUGUUCGAUCCCUACCCUAAAGGUGAAGGUCAGAGGUGUGUGGUUUGAUUCCUAUCCUAAAGAUGAAGGUCAGAGGUGUUUGGUUCGAUCCCUAUCCUAGAGGUGAAGGUCAGAUGUUUGUUGUUAGAUCCCGACCCUAAGGGCGGAGAUCCAAUGUGUGGUUCAAUUCCUACCCAAUCAUUACUGUGAAAAUCCGAGGUGUUUGGCUCGAUCCCGAAUCGGGAUAUUUUGUUGUCCUCUGGAAGAUGAGAAACGGUCGCAGGAGUUGUUGUAGCUGACCUUGGGCAAAACAAUGAAAACCCAAUUGCUCGGAAUAACAUGCGGUGGGAUUCUUACAUUAUACUGACUAUUCUUCGGCCUGGAACUGUUUUUAAAAUGACGAAGCAUGUGAAAUGUAAACAUGAACAUAGGUCCAUGUAUAAGAUAUAAAGGAAGCUUUGUUGACAACACGCUCUGACAACUACAAACUUAUUGACCUGGGACAGUUUUAAUAAUGCAAUGUAAACCACACACCGCAGCAUGAUAUACCACUUUUACAAAACUAUUGAGCUGACAAGAUAAAACAGACUGUGAUGUUCAAUUAAAUAGUUUGUAAACAAACUGUACACUGUUACAAUUAUAGAUAAACACAUACCAUCAUUGAUUUUCUGUAUCUGACAUGUUGAUGUAUAGAGAUUUUUAACUACAACACGAAUCAUUUCUUUUUUCCCUAUUGAGUGAUAAUGAAUUCAUUAGUCUUCCGACACGUGUAAAGGUACACCCUGAAGCAGGAACAAAGUAACGAUAUUGAUACAAUCUUUGCCGAUGAAAACAUACGACUUCAACAUCAAUUUUACUAGAACAUGCGCCGACUCACCCUAACGUAGAGAUAUAAUCAUAAAUUGAUAUUAACAUGUUUAUAAAGUAUGUUCUAGGUCAAGGUGUUGUCGAUAAUGAAACGAGUGUAUCACCCGUAAAAUGUUUCUACAUAUAUAUUAUGUAUAUUUCCA